CCUGAGAGGAAAGCCACGGAGGUGUGGCUAGGUGCGAGGGCCGCCGCGGCGGCGCUGUUGCCGCUGCUGUUGCCGGUUUCGAGGGGGGCAGCAGAGUGGGUCCAGUCGGGCAGCCCGGCAGCCCGGCGGAGAAGAGGACGGCGGCGGCGCUGGCGCUGGGACUGAGUUCCGGAUAGGCAUGAGCCUGGCGGAGAUAGCGAGGUCGCUGGGCUCUUCGGAGCAGGCGCUCCGCCUCAUCCUGUCCAUCUUCUUGGGAUACCCUUUUGCCUUGUUCCAGCGCUAUUUCCUUUUCCAGAAAGAGCUCUACCUCAUUCAUCUGUACAACACGUUAACGGGGCUCUCGCUUGCCUACUUCAACUUUGGGACACAGUUCUGUCACUCCCUCAUAUGUGUCUUCGUUCAGUUUCUCAUCCUGAGGCUCAUGGGCCGCACCGUCACUGCCGUCAUCACAUCCUUCUGCUUUCAGAUGGCAUAUCUGAUGGCUGGCUAUUACUUCACUGCCACAGAGAACUAUGACAUCAAAUGGACCAUGCCACACUGUGUCUUGACUCUCAAGCUGAUCGGUUUGGCCAUUGAUUACUACGAUGGCAGGAGGGAAGCGAAGGCCCUCACCUCUGAACAACAGCAAUUUGCUGUUCAGGGAGUUCCUAGUUUAAUGGAGGUCUCUGGCUUCUCAUAUUUCUAUGGUGCCUUCAUGGUGGGGCCUCAGUUCUCCAUGACACAAUAUCACAAGCUGGUAAGAGGCGAGUUGACUGAUGUUCCAGGCCAAAGACCCAACAGCUUUGUGCCUGCUCUUACGCGCCUGGGCCUCGGCCUCUUCUUCAUGGUACUCUAUACUGUAGUGGCCCCAUACAUCCCUGAGGAAUACCUUGUCUCUGAUGCUUAUCUGGAGCAACCCUUCUGGUUCCGCUGUCUUUAUAUAUUGAUCUGGGGCAAGACAAUGCUUUACAAGUAUGUUACCUGCUGGCUGGUCACGGAAGGAGUCUGCAUCAUCACUGGACUUGGAUACAAUGGAAAGGAUGACAAGGGGAGGCCCAAGUGGGAUGCCUGUGCCAAUAUGAAAGUUUGGUUGUUCGAGACAACUCCUUAUUUUACUGGCACUAUCUCCUCCUUCAAUAUUAACACCAAUGCCUGGGUGGCUCGCUAUAUUUACAAGCGACUGAAAUUCAUGGGGAACAAGUUACUAUCACAAGCAGUUUCCUUGCUGUUCUUGGCUGUCUGGCAUGGUCUGCACUGUGGCUAUUUGGUGUGCUUCCAAAUGGAGUUUCUUAUUGUCAUUGUUGAAAGACAGGUUAUCAAUCUGAUACAAGACAGUCCACCUCUGGCUACCUUGGCCUCAAUCACAAUCUUGCGGCCUCUCUUCUACGUGAUUCAGCAAGCUGUCCACUGGAUGUUCAUGGGAUAUUCUUUGGUGCCAUUUUGCCUCUUCGGUUGGGAAAAGUGGCUCAAGGUAUACCAAUCUAUUUAUUUCAUAGGCCACGCAUUGUUCUUCACAUUACUGUUUGCAAUGCCUUACCUGCGAAAAGUUCUAGUGCCACGAAAAGAGAAGUUAAAGAAAGUUGAGUAACACCAAAAGAUUGUACCAUGGUGCAUUUAUUACGGGGAUGGUAGAAGCAUCACCUGCCAAACUUGCUGCGGUCCAACUCUUGCAGAGUGACUGGGGGGAAAGAGCACAGGGGUUAAGACCCCAGAAUGAAGGGAACUGGCUGUAAACUCCUCCACCCCUUCUACAGGUUGCCUUAUCUCUCAAUUUCUCUCCGCGGACACUCCUAUCUCUGGAAAUGUCAGAUGAUUGUAAAGUAAUCGACACAGCUACCAUCUGGGAAUGGAGCCACCGCCUGACUUUUUCUACUUUCCAAUUCUGCUAGAUAAAAUUGGUCCCAGUUGGUUUUUCA